GGGAAACACAAGUGUGGCUUAACAACAAUAAGUUUGCUUGAGAGUUAUAGUUUGAGAGAUUCAAAAUCUCUGUUUAUGUUAUUUGUCAUCUGUUGAUCGAUGACCUUUGAUCUAGAAUAUUUUUUCCUGGAUUUCCUUUUGUUUUUUACUUUUCCGUUCUGUCGUAGAGCUGGCUACGAUAUUUGAGAAAGAAUUUUUGUCUGUAUCACGGACGUUAUUAGUCCUAUUUUUUUCCCAAGUUGGUGAUUGUUAUAUCACUGGAAGCCAUGACUACGUUGGGAAUAAGUGCAGCGGGAGAUGUCAACAGUGCAGGCUUUGACCUCAUUCAAACCCGCAUAGAGUCACUGAGCAGCAAGAUGGACAAGCUCAUCAACAUUCAAGAAAAGGUCCUCAGCCGACUAGAUGGGAUGUCUCAGGACAUUGACUUCAUCGAAAAGGAUAUGGAGAACCUGAAGGUAGACAAGGAGGAGAUCCAUCUCCCUCCCAGGGUAAUGAACCAGACCCAGGUGAUGGGGCGAGAGGUGAGGGAGAUCUGCCAGGAAAUGAGCACCAUAAUGUCGGUGGUGAACCAGCGGUCUGAGCAGCAGGCUCAGAAACUGGAAGGGAUGGAAAAACUGGUUCUCAGCAUGCAGCAGGUGAUCAGCUUCAUCGGGGAGACGGUGAAGAGUUCAAGGGUUAUGGAGCUGAUGUUCAAAGGCCGAGUAGCUCGGAAAGGCUCCAAACCCAAAGACUCGAAGGGAAAGCAAGCUAUAAAGAGGAAAUCAUCUUCAGAUACAAUAGCUAAAAAGCUUGACAAGAGAACUACCUCUAAUAAAGCCACUAAAGGGAAACAAGAGAUAACUCCUGCAUGUGAGCCCAGUUCUCUGCAGACUUCUCACAAGAUAAAGCUCCACGGACCAAAGCAUUUCCUCGCCUCUCGCAAAUGUGGAAAGUUUUUGAAAGACCACAAAGCCAAAGAUGGGACAGAUAAGCCCUGUUUGAGCCCUAAGGGUCUGAAAGCUCAAAAGAAGAUGAAGCCUCUAGAUACAGCAGAAAAUAUCUCUUUGAAGAAGCAGGUUUUGCUUCUGGAAGAGGUGCAGAAACUCAACAGGGAGAAUGCAGAGAAAUCAGGUCACCAGCUCACCCCUGGAUACCUGGACCUGGAGGCUGGUGUGUCCCCCGAAGAUCAAAAGGCCGAUGACCCUGAAAGCAACUUGGUGGACUUCCUGCGUGAAGACUCCCGCAAUGCUGUGGCUGAAAAACAUGAGGCUGUUUGUGAGGAGGAGAAGGUGGGGGAAAAGGUGCCUGAGGAAGAGGCAACACCUACAGAGGAGGAUGCAGUGAAAGAAGAAGAAAAACUCCCAGAAAUAAAGGAGGAAGUGCCUGUUUCUGCUUCUGAAGAAUCAGCUGAAGUCCCAGAGACCCCUGCCUCCCAAGAAGUUGAGAAAGAAGUGACUGCAACAAGCAGUGAUGACCACAAAGACUCCUCACCAUCUCAGAAAGCUGAACAGGACCAGACAUCAGAGGUCAGCGGCACAAGUACCAAGCGCUUUGUGACAGAGGAACACUUUGUAGUGGAGGAACACACAAAGAGCCAGGUGGUGGGAGAGGAGGAAGAGGAGGAGGAGAAGAAAGAAGACAACGAGGAAGAUGAGCAGAAGCUGGAGUCGGAGGGCUGGGCCGUCUUCAGGGCUGAUGGAGUUGAAUUCCAGUUUGACCUUAAACAAAGGCUGGAGAGGGAGGUGAAGGAAAGCGAAUCAGAAAAUGAUGCUGAAAAAGUAGCCGAAGAUGAUGAUGAUGCUGAGCGCUACUUUAUUGACACCACCCCUCCUCCAGCGGCUCCUUUUAAUCACCGCAUUGUGUCUGCCAAGCCCAACCAGAUCAGGAACUUCUACACCAUCAACUGGCAGGAGAUCCUGGGCGGGGGUCGCUUCGGCCAGGUACACAAGUGUGUUGAGAACUCAUCUGGCCUCACUUUGGCAGCAAAGGUCAUCAAAGCCCGGAGUCAAAAAGAAAAGGAGGUGGUGAAGAAUGAGAUCCAGGUCAUGAAUAAUCUGGACCAUGCCAACCUGAUCCAGCUCUAUGCAGCUUAUGAGUCAAGGAAUGACAUCAUCCUUGUACUUGAAUAUGUUGGUGGAGGGGAGCUGUUUGACAGGAUUAUUGAUGAAAACUACACAUUAAUGGAGCUGGACGCUGUGGUGUUCAUCAGGCAGAUGUGUGACGGGCUGCAGCACAUGCACAAAAUGUCCGUCCUACAUCUCGACUUGAAGCCGGAAAACAUUCUGUGUGUGAGCAGAGUCACUAAUAAGAUCAAAAUCAUCGACUUCGGUCUUGCCAGGAUAUAUAAACCAAGGGAGAAACUGCGCGUGAAUUUCGGCACUCCAGAGUUUCUCGCCCCUGAAGUUAUCAACUACGACUUUGUGUCGUUCAACACAGACAUGUGGAGCCUCGGCGUCAUCACCUACAUGCUCCUGAGUGGCCUGUGUCCCUUCCUUGGAGAUGAUGACAACCAGACUCUGAAUAACAUCUUGGCCUGUCAGUGGAACUUUGAGGAACAAGAGUUUAUGGAUACAUCAGAAGAAGCCAAAGACUUCAUCAGAAGACUCCUGGUUGUAAAUAAAAGUUGGAGGAUGGGGGCCUCUGAGUCCUUAAGGCAUCCUUGGCUCUCUGACUCUGCGCUUCAUCACCGUCUUUAUACAAAGAAAACUAUGUGCAGAUCACGGCGAUCAUCAUGUGUGCCCACGACUGAGAGUUGAGCUCUGCAAUGAUGUGACAGCUCCAGCUGUGGCCACUUGGACCAACCCUUCUGUCCAUGUAAUGGACCUCAAUUACAAUCUGUGCAUCUGUGAGGUGGACUGAAUUUCUGGUUACUCCCCAAAAACCUUCUCUUGACGUGAUCCACUGUGUUUUGUAGCUGUAAGCGAUAUACUAAUGCAAUUUAUAAAGGAAAACAGUUUUGGUUCAUUGGGCUUUAAUACUAGAUAGUCCCACUGUGUACUGUAUAUUCAUGAAAACCUUCUUCUCUUGAAUGCUUUUUAAAAAAACUGUAAUGCCAGAAAACAAAGUGUAAAACAACAAGAGCAACUUAGAACUGUAAUCAGUUCAGUAAAAUUACCAUGCAAUAUACUACCUUUGUGAAAUUAUUAAUGCUCAUUUAUUGUUGGAACUCUGUCAGGGUAAAGUUGAAUCAGCUGCUGAGUUUUUAGUUUGUUGGUAGUGUUUUAAUGGAGUGUUUUCCAUCUUGUGGUAUAUGGCACUUCCAAAUGGUGCUAAAGUGAUAAUCUGACGUAGCUUCAUAAGACACAUAUUAUCAUCAUAUACUUGAGAUUGAAUUUGUGUGGCCUUGAAAGCUGAAUAUGCACAUUUGAAUAUCUACUUCACUUUGAAAUAUUCACUCAUUCUUGUUUAUUUCUAACCAAAAACACUGUGUUGUUAUCAUUUGCUGCUUUUUUUUGUUUGUUUUCGGCUGAUAGAUACUAGCUUUACAUGUUUAGAUACAUACCUCAACGGCUAUUGUAUAAAGGCUACAGCAAGAUUCAUAUUUCAUAUGAACAAAAUGUAACUUUUGUGCUGAAUGUCUCCCCGUUCUGUUAUAAAUGCUGUCAAAAAUUACUUUUCUUUUUUUUUUUUGGCUGUAAAUAGCAGCCUAAUAGUUAAUUCAAAUUCAGAUUUUCAUAGGGGAUGGACUCCAUAAAAAUAGUGGGUGUCUAAUGUGUGUAUGGACAGAAUGGAAUUUGUGUGGUGUCAAAACCUGUAGUAUGUGCACUUUAUAUUAUUUAUUUAAACAACAAAAAUACACAACUCGACUGUGGUUCCACUGGGAAGACUUCUAUGGUCGGAUCUCCUCGUGUCUCCUACAUCUGUUUAUAGAGAAAAUACAUUUUACCUUAAAAGAAACACUUCAGCAACACAGUUUAUGUCUUAUCAGCAAAGUCUGUUAUUUUAAUUUUCUGUUGCAUGUUUUUAUGUGUUUGAUCAGCCGCUAAAGCUUAAACUUCACGCGCGGAGAAGUAAAUUUUUUUUUUUUUAAUCUUCAUUCACAGCACUGUAGACGCUUUUUUCACAUAAAGUUAUCUUUAAAAUGCCUUCUGUGAAGGUUCACUGACUGAAAGUAAUACACUAUCUACCUACUGUUGCCUUAGUUUGUUAAGACAUUAUUGGGGCUACAUUAUGUGCUUUUAAUUUAACGUCAUGAUGAAUGUCAUGCUGAUUGUUGGAACACUGAGUGCUAGUAAAAGAAACUGUCAUCACUGAGUGUUAACAAAUUCAGCAUGUAUUUGUGAAGUGUGUAGACACCCAUUAAA